CUGAAGCGCCGGGCGGAUGCGGAGCGCGGCGCCCGGACUCGGCCUCGCAGCUGCCGUCCCUCGGCUCCCCGGCAGCGGGAUCGCCUCUCUAUGCCCCCGGGCAGGGCUCGGGUGCCGGCGCCGACCCUAGCUGGCCAUGGAGCAGACCUACGGCGAGGUGAACCAGCUGGGCGGCGUGUUCGUGAACGGGCGGCCGCUGCCCAACGCCAUCCGGCUGCGCAUCGUGGAGCUGGCCCAGCUGGGCAUCCGGCCGUGCGACAUCAGCCGCCAGCUGCGCGUCUCGCACGGCUGCGUGAGUAAGAUCCUGGCGCGCUACCACGAGACGGGCUCGAUCCUGCCCGGCGCCAUCGGCGGCAGCAAGCCCCGCGUCACCACCCCGGACGUGGUCAAGCACAUCCGCGACUACAAGCACGGCGACCCGGGCAUCUUCGCCUGGGAGAUCCGCGACCGCCUGCUGGCCGACGGCGUCUGCGACAAGUACAACGUGCCCUCCGUCAGCUCCAUCAGCAGGAUCCUGCGCAACAAGAUCGGCAGCCUCUCGCAGCCCGCCGCCGCCGGCCUACUCUACGAGGGCGGCGUCGGGGGGGGAGGAGGAGGAGGGGCGGCGGGCGGCAAGGCGCCGGCCCCCCAGCCCGCCCUGCCCUACAACCACAUCUACCAGUACCCCUACCCCAGCGCCGUGGCCGCCUCGGGGGCCAAGUUGGGCGCCCACCCCGGGGCGCCGGUCUCCGCCGCCCACGUCAGCCUGCCCCGCUCGUGGCCCUCCGCCCACUCGGUCAGCAACAUCCUGGGGAUCCGGACUUUCCUGGACCAAAGCGCGGCUCUGGCCGGGACAGAGGGCUCUCCCUAUGCUGCCAAAAUGGAAGAGUGGCCCAGCGCGAACAGGAGCGCCUUCCCCGCGGCCAGCCAAGGCGUCAACGCGCUGGACAAGUCCGCCUCGGAGACGGACAUUAAAUACCCCCAGGCACCAUCUGGGCUCUCCGCCGUGAGCACCUUCCUCCCCCCCUGUGCCUACCCGACCUCCAGCCAGCCCGGAGUCUACGGCGGGCCUGCUGGCAGCUACCUGAGCCCGGCCCAUCACUGGCAGACGCAAGGCAGCCCGCUGGCACACCACCACCCGCCAGGCAUGGCUCUCCACGGGGCAGAGCUGGCCACUCCGCUGGCCUUCAAGCACCCCACCCGAGAAGGUAAGGGCGGGCCUCGCUCAGAGUCCCCAAUUAUCUGGACCAGCUUUUUAUAUCGCAUUUUCAAGAGCAAGAUGCAAUUCCUCUCCAUCGUCACCACUUCAAGCCGCAGGCAGAAAACCAGCCGCCAGCCCGGCGGGAGCCAAAGCUGCAGCAGAGGCCCUGGCCGCCAUCCACGGGCUCUCCUCGUCCUAGAAGCGGCCGGGCGGCGCCAGAGAGGGACGGAGAAGCGCCCCGGAAGAGCAUCCGCGGCCCAACAGAACGUGUCCGCCCCGCGCGGCGGCACCUUCCCUCCCAAAGCCACGCCGGAGGGAUCUGCUGCGCAGACCCAUGGGGCGAACGAAGCCCCGGCCUGGGGACUCUUUUGCUGCCAGGCCUGGUUUUGGAUUGAAGGGGGGGGGGGGGUGAGGAAGCACGUGACUCCCCCCAGGGUCUGGUGCACGUAUGACUGGGAAAGAAAUGCCCAUUGCAGAAACGGUCACCAAGACAACGCCGACACCACUGCCCCAGGCCUGGGGUUUGGCGCUUUGGAAGCCUAUUGGUUGCAACCCUGGCAGCAGCAUGAAGGUGCUUUCUAGCCGGCACUCUUUGCUUUCCCCACCCGCUGUGCUGUGCUGCUUAGGGAGGGAGGGGGCUCAUCACCCAGAUCUUGGCCUUUCUUGGGAGCCCCAGGGACUGACACGACUCUUGCCAAGUUGCUGGAGCAAGAUAAUUCCAAGCAGUUUUUUGCAUCUCCAUUUUCUGACUGAACGGGGAAGACUUGCAGGAUCCGGAUGGAAGAGAAGUGCCAUUUUUUUGCCUCAGGGAGACAUGAAGAGAAAGGACGCUUUGAGAGGCUUGCCUUGGCCUGUGUUUCCCACAGUGGGCGCUGCUCCUUUAGGGCCAGUGCAGACACGACCCUUCGCCCCCCCCCACCCCCCACCCCGUAAAAGGACACGUCGGUAUCAAUUUCAUCUGAUCUUAUAUUUUUUUAAAACAAACCAAUAAAAGGCGAAUGAGAGCUUUAUUCCU